AGAAAAGAAAAACUACCAAUCUUUCAAUUUAGGAACUUCGGUUAAGGCAAGAAACAUAUUAUUCGUCAUUAUCAUGUGCGAUGUGACUCGUUUUCGUCACUAUAGUUAUCAGAUAGCGGCGUAAACCGAAUCCCAAGACAACUCAUUCACAAUUCAACUCGAUACUCACCCAUUCCCUCACACGACCCUUGUUAUAGAGAAUCAUAAGGACAUGUAAUUUAUGUACUUUUUGUAGUAUAGAUACAUAUCGAAAAAGAAGAAGAAGAAACAAUUCUGCUCCAUUUUAGCUUUGUCGUGGACACAGAGCUUCCGUAACAGAGGGCAAGAGAAAAGGGUUUGAGGAGACGAAGAUUCCGCGGAAGCUCGGGAAUAAACAAUGGAAGAUUAUGGAGGCAAAACGACAUCAAUUUCAUUGCUGGAGGAGUCGCCAGCUUCGGUUGGAACGGGAGGAAGAGCUUCGACUGUUCAAACGCUAGCCAACAUCGUCGUUUCGAUUGUGGGCACCGGCGUUUUGGGUCUCCCUUUUGCUUUCCGAAUAGCCGGUUGGCUUGCUGGCUCGAUUGGUGUCAUGGUUGCUGGACUCGCCUCCUACUAUUGCAUGCUCCUCCUGGUCAAGUGUAGGGAGAAGUUGGCAUCGGAUGAAGAAGAGGAUGGUGAUUCAGACACAGAUUUCCCAAACACAAAAACGUAUGGAGAUUUGGGUUACGAAAGCAUGGGAACGACAGGUCGUUUUAUAGCUGAAUCCCUUAUUUUCAUUGCCCAGUGUGGAGGUUCGGUGGCUUACCUUGUAUUCAUUGGACAAAACCUUCAAUCAGUUUCCAAAGGCCAUCUUACUUUCUCUUAUUACAUACUUUUGUUGGUCCCAAUUGAAAUUGGAUUGUCAUGGAUUAGGAGUUUGUCUUCUUUAGCACCUUUCAGUAUAUUUGCUGACGUUUGUAAUGUGUUGGCUAUGGGGAUUGUGGUUAAGGAAGAUAUACAACAAGCUUUGAAGGGUGAGUUUUCCUUUAAAGAUAGAAAAGCCAUAACAUCUAAUAUAAGUGGGUUGCCUUUUGCUGCCGGCAUGGCAGUUUUUUGCUUUGAGGGAUUUGGGAUGACGUUGGCAUUGGAGGGCUCAAUGAGAGACAAAACUACAUUCCCAAAAUUGCUUGCUCGGGCGUUUGCUGCGAUAACCCUUUUGUAUGUUUUAUUUGGAUUCUUUGGUUACAUGGCGUAUGGUGAUGAAACAAAAGACAUUGUAACUCUUAACCUUCCUAGAAAUUGGUGGGCACUAGCGGUUCAGAUUGGCAUGUGUUUGGGGCUUAUAUUCACAUUUCCAAUCAUGGUCCAUCCCAUUAACGAGAUCAUAGAGGGAAGGUUGAAAAAUAACAAAUGGUUUCAAAAGGCUGACAACAACAACGAUAGUUAUUCAACUACAAGAAUAGGAAAGUUUGGAAAGUAUGUGAGCCGUGCAAUUUUGGUUAUUGGGUUGGCAAUGUUGGCCUCAUUUGUGCCGGCCUUCAGUGUUUUUGCCUCAUUUGUUGGGAGUACAGUAUGUGCACUUAUUUCAUUUGUUUUGCCGUCUAUAUUUCACCUGAAAUUGUUGGGAUCUUCUCUAAAUUUCUGGCAGAGAGCAUUGGAUUGGUUUAUCUUAUCAUGUGGGGUGCUUUUUGCUGCAUAUGGUACUUACAAUACCAUAGUUGGUGUGUGAUUGGUUUCCCGAAAAUUUGGUCCAAAACAUACCUUAUUGAAGUGAAGCUUCUGAAAAAAAAUGAGUAAAUCACUGGUUUUACAUAAAAGGGGCACGCAUGGAUGAUUGCAGCCUACUCAAACUGUCAUACAAGCAUGUAAUUUUUCUUUCAUGAUGAGUUAUGGUAGGGACAGUCACAACAACAGUAUUUCAAGAUGUCUGGGAAUCCAACAGUGGGUUUUUUUUUAUAUGAAAUGCUUUUGUAUGAAACUCAAAUUCUCACUAACUAGCACAGGGAUUUGAAGUUGCAAACUUUGGUAUUGCUAGCAUCAGAUCUCUUGUACCAAAUUUCCUCAAGCCCCUCCCCAAAACUCAUAUUUACUCGAUGAUCAAGCUCUUGUAUUUUUUUUUUUUAAAAUACUAUUUCACAUAUUUAAUCAGAGCUUGUUCACUUUGGUUGAGAAA